UUUAGUUACAAACUUACAAUAUAACAACACAGGAGAAUGUCUGAGGUUGUUAUUAAAGACUCUGCCAUAAAGCUGUUUGGUAGAACAAUUUCUCUGCCCCGCAACACCAAAAACGAGGUUUCUCCUGAUGAACCUGCUCCUCCUGAAGAUUCAUCUUCAUCUUUUCCACGUGAAGUGAGCUCCACAACGGAAUAUGAUGCUGGGGAUAAGAAACCAUCAAGGAAAGAACUCACCUCAACACAAGAAGACGUGGAGGCCUCACACCAAACCCUAGAGGAAACAAAAUCUCCGACAUCAUCAUCAUGCAAUCUCGAGAACCCCAAGACCCCCUCAACAGAAAGAGAAACUUCCAUUCUGAAAUCCUUCAAAAACGGACACCAAAGCGACACAACAACAACAUGCCCAUCACAGGACAAAACUCCAAAGAAACCAGACAAGGUGCUUCCAUGCCCUCGAUGCAACAGCAUGGACACCAAGUUCUGCUACUACAACAACUACAACGUCAACCAACCGCGCCACUUCUGCAAGCAUUGCCAGAGAUAUUGGACCGCCGGAGGAACCAUGAGGAACGUGCCAGUCGGUGCCGGCCGCCGCAAGAACAAGAACACUCCCUCUGUGUCGCAUUUUCGCCAAAUCAUGGUGCCUGAGGGCCUUCAGAACGGAUCAUUGCACGGCGCUGUGUUGACCUUUGGAUCAGAUUCUCCUCUAUGUGAUUCCAUGGCUUCUGUAUUGAGCCUUGCUGAGAAAACAACACAAAAUGGUGUCCUAAAUGGUUUCCAUUCACCUAAUACUAAUACUAUUACUAGUAAUAAAGGGGAUGAAUAUUAUGAUACUGUUAUGGGUUCAACUUUGAGUGAAAAGAGACACAAUGCAACUACUAGUACUAACUCACAUGAAAAAUCAUUGGAUAAUCAUAAGAGUUAUCAUCAUCAAGGUUUCACUCCUCAAUUGUGCUUCCCAGGUUCUUCUUCUUCUUCUCCUUGGCCUUAUCCAUGGAACCCUACAAAGACUCCUUCAGCUUUUUGCAACCCUGUGCCAUUCUACACUACACAAGCAUUCUGGGGUUGCAUGCCACCACCCUCUUGGAGUGUAAAUUACCAAUCUGCCCCUAGUUCUGGCCCAAAUUCCCCUACCUUAGGGAAACACUCAAGAGAUGGGGAUAUCUUGUUUCAAAAACCUAGCACAGACAUGGCAGAAAAUAACAACAACAACAACACCGUGUUGAUACCAAAGACACUGAGAAUUGAUGACCCUACUGAAGCUGCAAAGAGCUCCAUAUGGUCAACACUGGGGAUCAAGAAUGAGAAGGGAAACUCCCUCAAUGGAGGAGGGCUUUUCAAGGCAUUUGCAUCAAAGGGUAGUAGUGAUGAGAAGAAGAAUAACCAUGUGAUGAUGGUUGAAGCAUCCCUAUCCCCGGUGUUGCAAGCCAACCCAGCAGCUUUGUCAAGGUCCCUUGUCUUCCAUGAGAGGACAUAAUAAUUGGGAAUUGUUGCAAUGAUCUGACCUAGCUUCAUCCUACAUAGUAGACCAUGCAAGAACUUCCAACUAUUAUAAUUAACCUUGUUCUGGGGUGGUGAGUGGUGACAUGUUUUUUGCUUUUCUCCAUGAGAACUUGUAUUAUUGACCAACCUUUCUGCAAGAUUUGUAGGACAGGAGAGUUAUAUAUACACA